AAGGUGUGCGAGUUACAGAGUUUUGUUUUUUAAUAAAAAAAAAUAAUGAGAAUAUAAAAAAAAGUAGAUGUUUUAAGUGUGACAUUCAAGAGACUUUGCACAAACCAAAAUGGAAAGCACCAUCAUGCAGCUGCAACUAAUAGGCCAAAUAGGUAAAAGUGGUCGCCUAAACUAUUUCACACCACCGUCGAUUUCCUGAUGAUGUGAGAAACAUAUAUUUUAGAAAGAAACUUCCUCUUCUAAAAGUUAGAGUUACUCUGUACUCGAUGAAUUUCAAGAGCACACUCGGCAGACUUUGAUGGCUUCAGGCACCACAGGACCAAACGGGACCGUCGGUUCAGCUGAACAUCAUGGAUGAACUGGAUAUCUAUGUUAAUGUAGAGAGACCAUCAGCUAAUCCCAGCCACAGGAAAAGGGAGACCAAAAGUUCAGAAGAUAUUUAUGAAAAUGUGUCGUGGGAGUUAAAAAGAACUGGACCUGCUCUCUCAGGUGCUGAAGAUGUGAAGAAGAGUUCCUGCAGAGCUGCUGCAGUGUGUCUGGGUCUGCUGUGUCUUCUCCUCCUGAUUGGACUCAUAACUUUGGUUUGCCUAUUUACCAGCAGCAACUCUGAGCGGGAAGUGGAGAUGGUCCUGUCACACAACCUAGCUGAAGAAAGAGACCAGUUACAGACCAGUUACAACAACCUGACUAAAGAAAGAGACCAGUUACAGACCAGUUACAACAACCUGACUAAAGAAAGAGACCAGUUACAGACCAGUUACAACAACCUGACUAAAGAGAGAGACCAGUUACAGACCAGUUACAACAACCUAGCUGAAGAAAGAGACCAGUUACAGACCAGUUACAACAACCUGACUAAACAGAGAGACCAGUUACAGACCAGUUACAACAACCUGACUAAACAGAGAGACCAGUUACAGACCAGUUACAACAACGUGAUUAAAAAAAGAAACCAGUUACAGUUCAGAGGGUAGAGCAGGUUGUCCACCAAUCGGAAGGUCGGUGGUUCGAUCCCCGGCUGCUCCGGGUCACAUGUCGAUGUGUCCUUGAGCAAGACACUGAA